UUCACCCUUGUUCUAAACAUCCAAAAAUUGUUAGAAAAACGACGAAACAUAACAACCCACGUUCUUUUUUUUUCUCCGACACCUCUUUUUCCUUGCUUUUCUUUCUCUGUCUUCUCAACUGUUUACGAUCGGAUCUGGAAAAAUUAAUAAUAUUGGGUUGAACCAUAAAAAGAAAUAAUUCAAUUCAAUAAAGAAAAUGAAAGUUAGCUAAAGUUUUCUCACUUUUCUAAGUUCAUCUCUCACUUUCACUCACUCAACCCACAUGAUCAGUCUCUUUCUCCGCAUUCCCAUAUCACUCUUUUCACAGGGUGUUAUUAGCAUCUAUCCAUUCCUUUAAUGGAUUCUGUUGGUGAUGCCAUAACCAUCAUGAUGAAAACUCAGAAUUCUGCAUGUAUAGUUGGCAAAAAUUCAGGUGAUUCUCUUGUCACUCCGUCGCAACAUUUGUAUGCUAAGAUACCCAGUUCUGAACAUUCAGCUGCUGUAAAUCAUGGUAUAAAAUCAGCUCACCAACAGAAUGGGUUUUCGAAAAGCAAGACACAUACACUCAAGAGUCAAUUGGAAGCGAAAAGCUUGUAUGACGUAGGGGAUAAUUCGAGUUGUGAUCAGGUUUCUGGGUUUGAAUCCAAAUGUUGCAUUGAACAAUCUGAGACCUGUGAUUCAAACAACUCCGUUGGUGUAGCAGCUUUUAGGGUAGACAGAAGUGUAAAAGAUGGAUUGCUAGUUAACCCAUUAGCCCCUCAAUCAGAACACACUUGUCCUAGCCCUCAAAACAGUUUUCACUCUGCCACUCAAUCUAUAGAAGGCAAAGAAAGUUUAACCACCACAGAAUCAAGUGAUUGUCAUAGUAGUAUCGAGAAAUUGGGUGAAAGUGGUGAGGUUAGUCAGUCUUUUGACUUUGUGGAGAGUAGAAAAGUGAGUAGUACUUACAGAUGCAGCACAGGCAGUGAUGUUAGCGAUGAAAGCAGUUCUAGUAGCAUAAGUAGCACCAUGUACAAGCCUCAUAAAGUUAAUGACUCCAGAUGGAUUGCUAUUCGCAAAGCUCAAUCUCAUUAUGGGUUGCUGCAGUUAAACCACUUUAGGCUUCUGAAGCAAUUAGGGUGUGGAGACAUAGGGAAGGUAUAUCUUGCUGAAUUGGUUGGGACCAGAACUUAUUUCGCAAUGAAGGUCAUGAACAAAGCAGCUUUGGAGAGCCGGAAGAAACUCUCGAGGGCUCAAACUGAAAGAGAGAUUCUUCAGUCUCUGGAUCACCCAUUUUUGCCCACACUGUAUUCACAUUUUGAAACGGAAAAUCAUUCUUGUUUGGUGAUGGAGUUCUGUCCUGGAGGCGAUCUGCACUCUCUUAGGCAGAGACAACCUCAUAAAUGCUUUCCUGAGCAUGCUGCUAGAUUUUUUGUUGCAGAGAUUCUCCUUGCCUUGGAGUACCUCCAUAUGCUUGGUAUCAUCUACCGGGAUCUAAAGCCAGAGAAUGUCUUAGUUAGAGAAGAUGGACACAUAAUGCUUUCUGAUUUUGACCUUUCUCUAAGAUGUGCUGUCCGCCCAACGCUUGUCAAGUCAUCAAACUCAAGCAUGGAGUCCAAAAGCUCAGCAUACUGUGUUGAACCUUCUUGUAUGAUUCAGCCUGCAUGUUUUUCGCCACGCUUCUUGUUCAACAAACCCAAGAAAGCUAAGAAACCCAAAUCUAAGAAUGAAAAUUAUUCUCAAGGCUGCCCUCUGCCAGAGCUUCUUGCUGAACCAACAAAUGCUCGAUCAAUGUCAUUUGUGGGAACCCAUGAAUACUUGGCGCCUGAAAUCAUAAAAGGUGAAGGGCACGGUAGUGCUGUAGAUUGGUGGACAUUUGGAAUCUUUCUUUAUGAGUUACUGUUUGGAAAAACACCCUUCAAAGGGCAGGGUAACCGUGCUACAUUGUUUAAUGUGGUGGGUCAGCCCCUAAGGUUUCCAGACUCCCCUUCUGUAAGCUUUGCUGCAAGAGACUUGAUCAGAGGUUUACUAGUGAAGGAGCCACAGCAUCGUCUUGCCUAUAGGCGAGGUGCCACUGAAAUCAAGCAGCAUCCGUUCUUUCAGAGUAUUAAUUGGGCACUCAUUCGCUGUGCUACCCCGCCUGAUGUUCCCAGGCCUUUCUUGCUUUCAUCUGUGCUAACUGCUGAUCUUCCUACUGCAUCUGCCACAAAAGCUACGAUGCCUGGUCUUGAUGUGAAACCACCGGGUAACUAUAUUGAGAUUGAUUUCUUCUGAUUCUUUGUGAUCAUUUUGUCAGUGUUUUUCUCGUUCAUGCAAUUGUCAUGUGAAAUUGUUCAUACAUUGAGGGGAAAUGCAUUAGACGUUUGUAUUAGAUAUGAAAAAGAAUUUGAGAAAUUGCAAAGUACAUUGAAUAGAUAAUGAAGUGUGUGUAUAUA